UCUUAUCCGAGGAGUGGGCUGACACACUUUAACUAUGCCCGUUUAAUUUAUAUCUUAUCAACACAAUUGGACAGAUGCAUGGUUCAGGCCGGUGAAUAUUACACAUUUAGAUCAGACAUUCACUUGAUUGUUUUCUAGUUUUUGGAAUUAUUAUUCGAAUGUAGUUUUCGAUUGUUUACUGCGGAUGUGGACGAUUGACGAGUUGUAUGAAGUUUCGGGAUAAAGGAACAACUGCGUUUUAAAUUCGCCUGACUUACUUUUCAGGACCCUUUUUGUUCUCUAAUCGGCUGCAAAAUUUCCAAGGAUGAGCGCUGGAAUUGCAAAGGCGGUGAAGCCAUCGACUCACGUCGAUCCCAAAUCGGCGCCGCUGAAAGAGAUCCCUGAUAUUUUAGUGGAUCCCAGAACCAUGAAGCGAUACAUGCGAGGUCGUUUUCUCGGGAAAGGAGGGUUUGCUAAAUGCUACGAAAUUACAGAUAUGGACACAAAGGAAGUUUUCGCUGGGAAAGUGGUGCCGAAAUCAAUGCUACUGAAGCCACACCAGAAGGAGAAAAUGAGCACGGAAAUCGCCAUUCACAAAAGUCUCGAUAACCCGCAUGUAGUUGGGUUUCACGGGUUUUUUGAAGACGACGACUUCGUGUAUGUGGUGUUGGAGAUUUGUCGGAGAAGGUCUCUCCUUGAGUUGCACAAGCGAAGAAAGGCUGUGACAGAGCCUGAGGCCAGAUACUUUAUGCGCCACACUAUCCAGGGUUGCCAGUACUUGCACAACAACAGGGUCAUUCACCGUGAUCUCAAACUUGGAAAUCUGUUCCUCAAUGACGACAUGGAUGUGAAGAUUGGUGACUUUGGUUUGGCUACUAAGAUUGAGUUUGAUGGCGAGAGAAAGAAAACCCUAUGUGGCACUCCAAACUACAUUGCCCCAGAGGUGCUCUGCAAGAAGGGCCACAGUUUUGAGGUGGAUGUAUGGUCACUGGGAUGCAUUCUAUAUACUUUACUGGUGGGAAAGCCUCCAUUUGAGACCUCCUGUCUUAAGGAGACGUACAUCAAAAUCAAGAAGAAUGACUACGCAAUCCCUAGGCAUAUUAAUCCAGUUGCUGCUGCUCUGAUUCGUCGAAUGCUGCACGCUGACCCCACACUUAGACCUUCUGUGGCCGAGCUGUUGACGGAUGAGUUUUUCACCUCUGGAUACGCUCCCAUACGAUUGCCCACUUCCUGUCUCACUGUACCUCCCAGGUUCUCCAUUGCCCCCUCCAGCCUGGAUCCUGCCCUCCUUCGCAAACCCCUCUCAUCACUGAAUAAAGGAACAGACAGUCCUAUUGAGAAAAUGGGGAAAAUGGAGCAGCCACAAAGUAACGAUAUGCAGCAAAGGGAUGGAUCUGAACAGCCUGACUGCCACCUGAGUGAUAUGCUGCAGCAACUGACCAGCCUCAAUGGUGCCCGGCCAUCUGAGAAAGACUUUAUUAGACAAGAGGAAGCUGAGGACCCUGCUUGUAUUCCUAUCUUCUGGAUUAGCAAAUGGGUUGACUACUCUGACAAAUAUGGCCUUGGUUAUCAGUUGUGUGAUAACAGUGUUGGAGUUCUGUUCAACGAUUCCACACGUUUGAUCAUGUACGCUGAUGGUGACAGUCUGCAGUACAUUGACCGUAACACUGCAGAAUCCUACCUCAGUGUGCGCUCCUACCCCUCUGCACUUUCCAAAAAGAUUACACUCCUCAAAUAUUUCAGGAAUUACAUGAGUGAGCACUUGCUGAAGGCUGGGGCAAACAUAACACCCCGGGAUGGAGAUGAGCUGACCCGGUUGCCAUACCUGCGUCACUGGUUUCGCACAAAGAGCGCCAUCGUGCUGCACCUCAGCAACGGAACUGUACAAAUAAACUUCUUCCAGGAUCACACUAAGCUUAUUUUGUGUCCUCUGAUGGGAGCAAUAACGUACAUCAAUGAGAAGCGAGAGUUCUGUACCUAUAAAAUCACCCUGAUCGAGGAGUUUGGCUGCUGCAAAGAGCUGGGUAGCCGUUUGCGCUACGCUCGUAAUAUGGUGGAGAAGCUCAUGGCCUGCAAAGGCACUGCUACAGCCACUACAUCUACACGCUAACCCAAAUCACAUGGCUUUAUGAGGUCUCCAUUGACUCUGAUCUUCCUCGCUUGAGUCUGAGGGCCCUUAAAUAUUUCAAAACUUGUACAGUUUUCUGGGUUUUACACCAUGAACUCUUCCUCCUCUGGAUCUUUUGUUUACUCUUCACUAUCUCUUGUUGUAUGGGUUGGAGAGUUUGUGACCAUGCAACCUAUCUGUAUCAUGUGAAUACUCUUUGUACAUGUUUUAGAACUUCUGUUUAACUUUUGACUGUUCUUUGUAUAAAAGCUUUUGGGCAUAAAUAUUUUAAAGUGUAAGAGUAUAACUGAAAUAAUUUAUUUCAGAUUAAUAAAAAUCUUUUUUUUUUUUUUUUUUUUUUUGAGAAUUUUCAAUGUUAGAUAUGCUGUUGAUGAUAAAUGAGUGUAAUUAAAAUAUGAAUGUUUUGAAACCCUGCAGUUUGUGUUUCAACCUGGCCACCAUUGUUAAUGUUUGCAAUUAAUAGUGACAUGGGUGUUUGAAGAAAUAUUCUGGGUUGAAUAGGUCUACAAUUUGUGCUACAUCUACAGCAUGCUGUUGAUUACCACAGAAAAUUCUUUUAGACUUGUCUCUCAGUUAGAACAAUUAACUAUGCCAUUACCCUUUCUGAAAUCUUCACUAGUCCUAGUUUCAUGUGACUGUUGCAGGUCUUACUAGUCAUGGCGGGAGUUGAGAAAUGUGAACUUUGUUAUGACUACAGUAAUAAGCAAGUUUUGUAUCAAAAUCAUAUAAAAGAAAACAAUUUUUAAAUUUCGGAACAUGUCACAAUAGCAUGUUCCACGAACAUGAUUGUAAAAUGAAAUGUUGACUGGUUUGGGUACGCAGCGUGAGGGUUAUCACAAAUAUAGUUUUAACUUUAAGAUAGCACUCCGUAAUAUGUUAUGCAUGUUGUUUUGGACUUGCACUGACAGGAACGUAGAUGCAGCAUCAGUCAAAUGCAAUUUUUUUUAAGUGACUAAUGCCAUUGCAGAAAUGCAAUAUACAUGGUAAGCAAUGAACACAUUAAAUCAUUCGUGAAAGUGUCCGAAAACAGUGCGAUUACUGAGAUUAAGCAAGUA